GGCGGCUGGGCAGAGAGCGGCUCUGGAUUAUCGCUCGGGCCCCUGCUGCCCCAGCAGUGCUGCUGCUCGGGGGGGAGGGAGUCCCUUCCCUCCGUCCUCCUCCUCUUCCUCCUCCUCCUCCUCCUCGGCGCUCUCCCGCUCCUCUCCUGCCUGCACUUUCCCUUUAAGGCUUGGGGGGAAACCAUGACUUCCAGCUAUGCCCAUGUCCUGGAGAGACAGGCCGUGCUGGCCACCCGCUUGGAGAGCCCCGGCCACCUGGACAACUUACAGGCCAAAAAGAACUUCUCGGUCAGUCACCUGCUGGACCUGGAGGAAGCCGGGGACAUGGUGGCGGCUCAGGCCGACGAGGGCGUGGGGGAAUCGAGCAGGAGCUUGCUGGAGUCCCCGGGGCUGACCAGCGGCAGCGACACGCCGCAGGCGGACAAUGAUCAAUUGAACUCAGAAGAGAAGAAGAAAAGAAAGCAGAGGAGAAACAGGACCACCUUCAAUAGCAGCCAACUUCAGGCAUUAGAAAGAGUCUUUGAGAGGACACACUACCCUGAUGCCUUUGUACGAGAAGACCUUGCACGCAGAGUCAACCUCACUGAAGCCAGAGUUCAGGUGUGGUUUCAGAACCGAAGAGCAAAGUUCCGCAGGAAUGAGAGAGCCAUGCUGGCCAACAAGAAUGCUUCCCUUCUCAAAACCUACUCGGGGGACUUGACUGCUGUGGAGCAGCCCAUCGUACCGCGUCCAUCUCCAAGACCCACCGACUAUCUCUCCUGGGGGACAGCCUCACCUUACAGUGCUAUGGCUACCUAUUCCGCCACAUGUACCAAUACUAGCCCAGCACAGGGCAUGAACAUGGCCAACAGUAUUGCCAACCUGAGACUGAAGGCAAAGGAAUAUAGUUUACAGAGGAAUCAGGUGCCAACAGUCAAUUAAAGACUGCUGCUAAGUCUUAAAGAAGGGAAAAAUAAAAUGACACCUGUCCUGCUUAGCAACUUGUUCAGAAAGAGAGGGCGAAACACACACACACACACACACACACACACACACACACACACUCACACACAGAAUAUUGGGACAGAAACAGGAGCAAAAUGAGCUGCAAAUUAGUUACAAUGUUCUUUCUUCCUUUCUGGAUAAUGUCAUCAAUUCUUAUCAGGUUUAUAGCUUCUGCUCAAUAUACUAUGAGCUUCUUCAGUUAAGGAGAAUCCCAUUCUUGUUUUUUUUGUGUUUUGGACAAGACUGCAAAACGAAAUCCUAUCAGUUCAGCCCUUGAACUCUAGACUGUCCUGAGGUUCAGUGCUUGCCCCUUCACUUCCUAUGCCCCAGGUCACCCUAGAAGAGGGAAUUCAGAAGCGAAAGCCUCUCCAGCAUAUCCACAAGACCUAGAUAUCUGGACCACGAGUGGACUACAGCUGAAGAGUCAUUAUCAUUUAGCCUCUGAGAAGCCUUUGUGUGCAAAGCUGUGGGUCCCUCUGUCUCAGUGGCCUGGAACAUUGGGUUUUAUUUCCAGUCUCCUUGGGUUUUGAAACUAGUUGUUGCUUUCUGAUUAGUUUUGGCACCACCUCUUUGAAAAACCAAAGAAGAGAAAGCCCUCCUUAAGGCAGAGUGUAUGUGUAUAGAGGGGAAGAUCAUUGUAGGUCCAAGAAUAGGACUUUCACUUUUUUCACCCGUGCCUUCUGAUUUUUUGCCACAGGUAAAGGUGUUGUCCAAAUGCAUUUGUUUUAUAUAUACUGUAUAUAUUUAUAUAUAUAAGAUAUACAUGCAAGCUUGGUUGGUGUUUUUUUUUAUUAUUAAACAAAAUAAAAUGCAUUGGAAGUAUUCGGGAUGUUUGUGCUGCAUCCAGGUGCCUGUAGAGACUGAUCUAUACCAAGUGCCAAAUUCACCCACAUGACUUCUAUUUAUGGGCAUACCCUACCCUAUAUCAUGCAGAGAGAACUUUUCAUUCUGCAGGGUGCCAAAGCACUUUACAGUCUGUGAGCCAGUCUUAACUCAGGCAAAACUCACUGCUCAGGCAAACUUAGGCUUCCAUUGGACCAAAUCCUGAAGGCUGUAUUCAGGGCUGCAUCACUUUUUCCUGUGAUAGGACUUGCCAGAAGAGAUCCUUGGAGAAAAACAAUAGGGAACCUCAUUGCAUAUCUCCCCCUGUUAGGAAUAAGGUUUAAGUCAAGGGUGUGGCCCUGCAACCAGGUGGAUACCAGGAGAGUCAUAAGAGACACAGGUUCACUUGCAUGAAAGCUCUGUGCCAGCCAACAGACUCUCCUAUGGAGGCUUUGCCUAAUACAGAGGGCUUCCACAUAAAGAUAAUGUGGCCUGGAGCAGCAUCACAUUUUGUCCUUGACACCCCCUCUCCCAAUAAGGCUCAAAUACGUAUUAUUUACUACUUCUUCCAGGCAGAGCCAGUCCUUAGGCACAGGCGACUGGUAGGGGGUGCACAGGAGUGCAUGUGCCCCCCCAGUGGCUGAUACUGUUGGUAGGGCUGGUGCCCCCCUGACAGGGCUGCCACCGUCAGUGGC